GCCAAGUCUUCUUUUUGUAACACGUUUCAAAAGCAGGUGAUUCCGACGACGGCGUGUUUCGUGACGAAGCAGGACCAGAAUGAUAAAGAAGACGCUAGUAGUCAAAGUUUCUAAUGGUAAACAAGAGAAGAAAAUAAGAAUACUUCUAGAUUCUGGUUCACAGAGGACAUAUAUAAAGAGGGAGCUGGCAGAAGAUCUUGGACUUCAGGUAACAGGCAACGAGAACCUCAGCCACUCGCUAUUUAGCGGUGUGAAGAAACCAGCAAAAAUACAUAAAGUCUUCAAGUUUAGAGUAAGUAGUUUAGAUGAUAAGUUUCAUACUACUAUGACAGCAUUAGAACAAGAUGUGCUUUGCGGAAGUUUACCCAAAGUGCAAGACCCAAAGCUGAUAGAAAACUUGAGGAGGCAUCAGAUCUGGUUAACUGACGCAGCGGAAAGUAUCAAAGAUAUUAGUAUAUUAAUUGGAUCGGAUCAAUUAGGUUACAUUAUUAAAGAAAACUUCAUUCGGUUAGAUGACAAUUUAGUAGCAAUACCAACAAAACUGGGGUGGACACUACAAGGCCCAGUUCAAGGAAGUAAAUUGGAAAGAGUUAGAAGAAGAAACAAGCUCUUACAAUAUCCAACGGAAGUUUUCAGCUCCAGCAGCUCCCUGGUGGGGAGGGUGGUGGGAGCGAAUGAUAAGGUUAGUGAAAGACAUGCUCAGAAGGAUAUUGGGCAGAACAUCGGUUAAUUGGAUUGAGCUAUCUACGAUAUUGUGCGACUGUGAGGCAGUCAUAAACAGUCGACCGCUUACUUAUGUGGAAAUGGGAGACGUUAGACCGUUAACGCCAAUGAUGUUCCUGCAUGGAUUACCGUCUAACGAUACACCGGACUUAGAUCAAGUUGAUCAUAAUAAUUUGAACAUUAGAUACAAGUAUCUACAACAAUUAAGAGAAGAUUUUAGAAAGAGAUUUAAGACUGAGUAUUUAUCACUAUUGAUUAGUAAAGGAAAACAUGAAUAAAGAACCUGGAAAUGUGAGGAAAUAAUAGUUUUAUUGCAAAGAUCCCUCACAUAUAUCACUUGCCGCACUCACACCUUCACAGCACCCCAAAGUGCACAGUAGGAGAAAUCUAAGCUAAGCAUAAUCCUUAGUAACCAUUUAAGGACUCUUAAUUGCGGCAGAAAGUGAAAUAUUGCGAUAAAAUAUUUACUAAUUGACUAAUUGCUUAGUUAAGUAAACUAUAAGCGAUUUAUUCGUUCACUUUUAUUUCAUACACUGUAUUUUAGAUUAACAUGUAUGAUUUAUUAUCGUCAUAAGUAUGUAUGUGUACAUCAUGUUCAGUCACAUUUUUAUUUAGCGGCUCACUGUUGUAUGUAUGUAGACCCACUUGAGUUGUAUUAAACUUUAUAAAUGUUUG